GAUAGAGUACUUUCUUCUCAAAGAGUGAAAAAAAUUAACAUAUAAAAAAAAGUAUUUAAGCUAUCCGUUAAGAGUAUGUUUGAAUUUAUAAUACAAUAUGAAGAAAUAUUUCUUUAAUUGAUAUCGUAACUUAAUUCGUCAGGCAAACUUUACAAUGAAUAAGAAAAGCAUCAAAUCCACUGAAGUAGGAAACCUAAUCAACAUUAGAACAGCUGGUAAUGUCAAACGUCUAGAAAUGUCUAAAAUGUCAAAAAACAGAUGAUUGCUUGUUUUUGUUAUGGAGACAAAGGACAAUUCAAUUUCCAAAUAAAUUUAUCUGUACUGACUAGAUUAAACUUUAAAAAAUGGGUAAAAUAUUUCUUGAUCAUAUUGGAGGAACGCGACUAUUUUCAUGCGCAUCAUGCGAUGUCAAUCUUACGAAUCGUUCCGAAUUAAUAAGUACGCGAUUUACUGGAGCUACAGGUCGUGCAUUCUUAUUCCACAAGGUUGUGAAUCUAAUCUAUUCGGAAGUUCAGGAUCGUGUGAUGCUAACAGGACGUCACAUGGUGCGUGAUGUUUCUUGUAAGAACUGCGGUACGAAGCUGGGUUGGGUAUAUGAAUUUGCAACUGAAGAGAAUCAAAGAUACAAGGAAGGGAGAGUAAUAUUGGAACGAGCUUUGGUCACGGAGAGUGAUGGUAUUGAAGAAAUUCAAGUUAAUGUUGAUGAUUAAAAUAAAAAUAUGUUUGUGUACAACAGUAAUAAAAACUUAAACUUAAGUUAGAAAUCGAUUGAAUUGAUGAUUGUAAAAUCAGCUUUAGAUCAAUGUAAUCAAAAUAAAAUUCUGAAACUCGUAGAUGUGAGGAUAUCAGAAAAUUAUUUGUAUCAUUUUAAGUAGUAAUAAUAUUUAGCCUAUUGGAUUCUAAUUGUUUUAAGAAUCAGUAAGGUUUUUUUUGGUAUGCUCUAAGGACCAUUCGUUAGUUACGUAAGGCUGAUUUUGGCUUUAUGAAAGACAAAGACCUUUCUUGAGUAAAUUAAAAAUAAGUAAAAUAAAUAGGUGAGUUUUCAUACUUGUUUUACCUAAUGCAAGGUAUUCUGAAAAGUCAGUUACAAUUCAAUGGUAGAUGCACUUUUGGAGAUGUACAAUAUUACGUGAGAAUGUCUUUAAACACCGCCCUUCCUCCCACUUCUAAAGGCCCUUUAUGUGAUUAUGUAAAUAUUUAAUUACAAUAUCUCAUCAGAAACUAAGGCAUACAAUUGUGAGUCUGUGCAUAGAAUGAAUUAGAAUGACAUAAACAUUAGCAAGAAGAACACUUCCCACUCUUUUUUUUUUUCUAUAAAUAUAGCGUAAAAAGGUAUCUUUGUUGUGUAUUUUUAACGCAGUCCGUACACUACCUACGCUACCUACUUCCACGCUGAAACAUGAGUUCGAUAUCUUAGUCUCACAUUAUUUUCUCUCUCAAAUAAUAACUUCGUACCUUCGUACUUUGAAGUCGACGUGGCCUAAGGGAUACGUUCAUGUAUUCGUGUUGAGCGAUGCAACGGUGUUCGAAUCUCAGGCGGGUACUAAUUUUUCUAAUGAAAUACAUACUCAACAAAUGUUCGCGAUUGACUUCCACGUUGAAGGAAUAACAUCGUGUAAUAAAAAAUGAAACCCGCAAAAUUAUAAUUUGCGUAAGUACUGAUACCACCUGGGUACCACCGCCAUGCCUGUUUCUGCCGUGAAGCAGUAAUACAUUUCGGUUUGAAGGGUGGGGCAGCCGUUGUAACUAUAUCAGACUUAGAACUUAUAUCUCAAGGUGGGUGGCGCAUUUACGUUGUAGAUGUCUAUGGGCUCCAGUAACCACUUAACACCAGGGGGGCUGUGAGCUCGUCCACCCAUCCAGGUAAUAAAAAAAAAAUAAAAAAAAUAUAGCCAGAUGAACAACAUCAAGCCUCGGCUAGUAGUAAUUUUAAUAUUAAGAAUUUAUGUAACGAUUUGUGUAUUGAUUUAUUAAAGACUUCUUAUUCUGAAA